AUGGCGGACCUAGAAUACAUACGGGUGAGUUUCUUUGCUAGCUACGAGAUGCUGAUGGAGAAUCUGCUGGACCCAGCGCAUGUGCCCUUCGCGCAUCACAAGUACCAGGGCGAUCCUAUAGUAAAGUCACUUUUGAGAAUUCUCAGAAUUGGCAGCUUCUCAUCCUUCCUUGUCUCACUCCCCCUUUCUACCCCAAUUUUCCCACAUCCUCCCGACUCCCCCACCCUCUCCCUCCUCUCUUCCCCCACCACACGCGAUCCUGUGCAGGAAGAGGGGUCGGGCAAGAAGCAGCGGACAGCAAUUCUCUUCUUCCACUGCAUUCCCCGCCUGCCAGGGCAGAGCCGCCUCAUCUGGUUAUUCAUGAACAACAUCAUCCCCCCCUGGGAAGAGGGGUCAGGCAAGAAGCAGCGGACAGCAAUUAUUUUCUUCCACUGCAUUCCCCGCCUGCCGGGGCAGAGCCGCCUCAUCUGGUUCUUCAUGAACAACAUCAUCCCGCCCUGGGUGCCUAUGCCGCCCGAGUGGAUGAAAGUGCUAGACACCGACCACCCUUUGCUGCACCUCACGGAGCGGCGGCUGGAGGAGGAGGGAGGGGCGGAGGGGGUAAAGAGCUACCACACUCCUGCGUCAGCCGACUCGUUCGAGCGAUGGCUGGAGGAAGAGGGAGGUGCGGUGCAGGGGAUAAAGAGCUACUACACUCCCACGUCAGCCGACUCGUUCGUCUCGGCCUAUCGCUCCUGGCUAGUCAGAUUUGCGGGCGGCAAGGCCCGCUUUCCCGCCUACGUGAAUCCGGAACUGCCUGCUGCCAAGUCAAGGAGGGAGAUUCUUGACAGCGCUUCCAUGUGCGGCUGUGCCCUGACUGCCAGAGGGUGCAGCGCUGGUCUGACCACCUCCGCACUGCCCUCUGGGCCGCCUCCCUCCUCCUCCUCGCCACCACCACCUUGUUUCCUCUUCCCCCGUUUAUCCCUCUCCCGUCAUUCCUCCCUCUUCCCCAUUGGCACGUUCCAGAACACAGAGGAGCUGCAGCGCUUCCACGUGCGGCUGUGCCCCGACUGCCAGCGGGUGCAGCGCUGGUCUGAUCGCCUCCGCACCGCCCUCUGGGCCGCCUCCCUCCUCCUCCUCGCCGCCACCGCUCUUCUUCCCAUCGCCCCCCCUGCUAUUCGGCAAGCUGCGGGCCCCAUGGGUGCUGUUUUUGCAGCGGCUGCUGCGGUGGUGUGUGCGGCUGCUGCCCACUGGUUGAAGGGGUUCAUGGAGAGGAAUUAUGUGUACGAGGACUUUGUUCAUGCGCUUUGGUACCCUGCGAAGAAGUAA